CAACGAUUCCUUUCAAACAAGUGUGCCCUUUUGAGCGGCCCUCAUGAGAACUAUCCGCACUUUACACUGGCCUUCUCACCGCCCUUCAUCCUUGUGCUGGGAAUGUUGAUCGGAGUCUGUCAUAUUGUUACACCACUCAUGCUGGCCUUCUCACCGCCCUUCAUCCUUGUGCUGGGAAUGUUGAUCGGAGUUUGCCAUAUUGUUACACAGUCCUCCUUCCCUAGGUCUAACCCAGUCUCUCUCCUGCCUCUCUCUGGUUCACAUAUUUCACUCGAUCCCUGCCACCCCAUCUGGGCCAACUUGACGUCUCUCUCUUGCCCUGUAAGAUCCGUCUGCAGUCUCUUUGGUUCACAUAUUUCACUCGACCCCUGCCACCCCAUCUGUGCCAACUUGAGUCGUUAUUGGCCCUACCCUACGUCUGGGUGA